AUGUCCCCGGCGCGUGUGGCCCGGUCUCUCGACCGUGGCGUUGCCCGGCGCGAUGGCCUGGCUAGGAACGAGUGGUGGAUCCGACGAUCGGCCUUCCGCAAGGCGCGCGAGAUCCAGCUGGUCAACCAGAAAUCCGAGCUCCUCCUGGAGAUGCUACUGCCGAAGUACAUCCGUCGCAAGAUCAGCGAGACACCCAACCUGCGAAGCAUCGCCGAGUCCUUUCCCCAUGUGGCGGUCAUCUUCCUCAGUGUCACAAACUUCCGGCACUCCAGCAUGGAGAGCGCCAACUGGAUCGAGAUGCUCAACGAGCUGGCCGUCGUCUUCGACGAGGUCAUGAGCAUGUACGGCGCGCUGAAGAUCAAGUUCGGCGGGGCCACCUGGCUGGCCAUCGCCGGUGGCCCGGCCGACCUGGACCCCAAGCUGGAGUACCCGCCGCUGCCGCUGGCCCUCUACUCCAGCGGCAUCGGCCGCGGCGGGACCAGCAUCAAUGUUCGCCGGCGCAUUGCCGAUCUCUUUGCCCAGUGCGACGAUGACUUCGAGGAUUUGGACUGGGCCCUGGCCGCGGCGGCGGCCAUGGCCCGCGAGACGGCCGCCUCGAGCAAGCAUCGCCAGGCCGGGCUGGCCGAGGGCCCGGCUCCGGAGGGGCUGCUGCUCGAGGCGGCCGGCACCGGCGGCCGCCAGACCCCCGGGGCUUCCAACGGCCUGACCGUCCUGUCGCCCAAUGGCCUGGCCGGCCAGGCGGUCACCUUCCCCGGGGCGGCCCGGGCCAGCCAGGCCGGGGACGUGGCCCCGCGAGUGGCCCGCGACACCGACCAACUGGCGCAGGCCCUCCAACGGGCCGGGUCGGCCAUCCUGGAGACCGUCAGCCUCAGCCCGACGCACUCGGCCGACCUGGAGUGGGCGCGCCAAUCGGCGCACUCCUUCGGCGCCGGGGGCAUGGGCCACCACGGCGCGGGCCCCGGGGCGGCCGGGGCGCUGGCCGGCCGGAUGGACCGGCCGGCCGGGCCGGCCGGCGCCAGCAGCGCCGGGCGCCGGCUCCUGUCGGCCGGGCUCGGCCUCGACCUCGGCCCGCCCUCGGACUUGUCUCUGGCCACCAGCCACCCGGACAGCCUCCGGGCCGUGGUGUCCGACACCGAGCUCGAUGUCCUGCUGCACCGGCGGCACAUGCCGCCCGGGGGGGCUUUGGACCAGCCGGCCGCCGGCCUGGCCGCCGGGGGGGCCUACCCUCGCCAGCGCCAGUCGUCCCUCUGGCCCGGGGGCGAGCUGCAGGACGGCCUGCCCAGCCCGGAGGCACGGGCGACCGGCCCCUUGAAGCGCCGGCUGCCCCGGCGCCUCCUCCGGCGCAGCAACUCCUCCCUGCACCAGCGCCCGGCGGCCGAGAACGGGGCACUCAGCCGCUUCAGCUCGGCCUCCAGCCUCGGCCAUGCGGCCGACAACAUCUACCAGCAAAUAUACUCCCGGCAGAUGCUGUCCACCACCGGCGGCCUGGUGGGGGGCUCGGCCGCGCGAGGCCGGCCCAGCGGCCAGGCCCGGGCCGCCCUGGCCCUGCGCCGGUACCAGCAGCACGCCGGCGGGCUGGACCCCGAGUCGCUGGAGGCGGCGGCCGUGGCGGCCGAGGUGGCGGCCGAUGCCGCCGUCGCCGCCGCCGGCCACGGCCUCGGCCCCGACCCGGGCCCCGGCCGCAAGCGCCCCAACCCCCUGCACCAACGUAGCCGCCUGCGAAAUAUGAUCCCCCUGAAGCCGGCGCGCCGGGGGUCGGCCGGCGCGCCGGCCGGCGACCCGCCGCCCCGCUGGCAUCGGCGCCGGUCGCUCGACCGAUCGGCCUCCGGCCCCAUGGGCCCGGACCGGCAGUCCGAUGGCGGUCCCAGCCCCGGCCGCAGUGGCAGCCGCAGCCGCAGCCGCAGUCGCCAUUCGAGCCCGGACCGCGCGCGCCAGCCUGGCCGCCGGGCCUCGCCAUCCCGGUACGAUGGGGCGCUGGAGGGACACCUGGCCGGGCAGGCGGGCCACCGGCCGGGCCAUGAUGCCGAGGCCCGGCACGCCGAGAAGCCCACCUGGCUGCGGCGCCUGAAGCGCCAGCUGGUCCUGGAGCGGCGGUUCCCGGCCACCCUGGAGCCGAUCGCCCUGGCGGCGCUGAUGUCCUCGCCGCCGGGGCCUGGGGCCGGCGGGGCCCGCGCCACGGCGGCCAGCGGCCGCCGCGCCUCCCCGAUGGCGGCCAACCCGUCGGACUGCCUGCUGGGCCUGCCCGGCGCCGGGCGCCUGUCCAAGCGGAAUUCCCUGCUGGUGGAGGCCGGGCGCUUGGCCACCGGGCCGAUGGCCGAGCCCGGCAUGGCAGGCCGCUUCCCCGCCGCCGGGGGGGGGACCCCCCGCCGGGGCAGCGCCGCCAUGGGCCCGGCCGCCGGCGACCCGGCGCACGACUACCCGGUCCCCCCCUCGGACCAGGGCCCGGGCUUCGAUGCGGUUCUCCAGGCGGCCGCCGACAGCCAGCGCCAGGUCCCGGACCUGGAGGCCGACCUGGAGGCAGGGCUGGACCACCAGGCCGAUGACGCCGGCGGCCCCGGGGCCGCCGGCGGCAACAUCGCCCAGUUCUCGUGGGCCAACUUUUGGCACGCACAGCGCCGGGCCUCCUCCUCCACGAGCAACAUCUCCGGUGACAGCCCGCCCGAGCAGGCGGAGUCCUCCUCCGGCGGCGGGUCAAACUCCGAAACCGACCUCUUCACCCGGGUCCGCACGACCCAGCAGCAGGCGGCCCAGGCGGCGGCCGUGGCCGCGCGCCCGGAGGGCAGCACAUCGCCCGGCCCCGGGUCAUCCGGCCUCCUCGCCGGGCCGGGCCUCUCGCGUCCGGAGUCCACACUGCUGACCGGCGAGCGGUCGGGCAACAUGGCCCACGGGCGCCGGCGAUCCCUCCGCCCGGGGGCCGGACCCGGCGGCGCUUCAGCCACCACCAGUGGCGCCGGAUCCUCCGGUCAAGCAAGCGGCGACUCGGCCGACAGUACGGCCGAGGGGGCCCCGCCGGGCCCGGCCAUCGGCGGCGGCGGCGGCGGCGGCGGCGGCAUCCUAACCAGGCUCGGCCUCAGCCGCCGGCCAUCGCAAAACAUCAAUCUCUCGGCCCUGGACGGCGCGCAGGGCAAGGGCCCGGCCCCGGGCACCGCCCCCGGGGGGGGGCCCCUGUGCAGCGCCCACCUGGAGGAGCGUGAGGAUCCGGCCGACCCCCCGGCCGAGGGGCUGGAUGAGGCGGAGCAACAGGCGGAAAGCGCGCACGAGCUCUUCCUGCGGGAGCUUCGGAUGCCGGUCAGCCGCCUGCUGCUGAUGGCCAUCCACCUGCAGAAUACCAUCGUCAACUUCGGGUCCAAGCACCGGCGCGACUUCCAGGUGAAGGCUGGCUUGCACGUCGGCCCACUCAUUGCCGGGGUCAUCGGCACGGACAAGUUCGCCUACGACGUGUGGGGCGACACGGUCAAUGUGGCCUCACGUAUGGAGUCCACCAGCCACGAGGGCCGGGUGCAGGUCACCCGCGCGGUCAUCGAGGCCGCGCCUAGCAUGUUCAACUUCGAGCUGCGCGGCAACAUCCAACUCAAGGGCAAGGGCCGCAUGCGGACAUACUUCCUGCGGGAUGUCAUCGCCGACCGCAAGCAGUAUUGGCUCACCGACAUGCCGGCCCUCAGCCACUCGCUGUCGGCCCCGACCGACCUCUUUGGCGAGGAGGCCGCCAGGCCGCCGGCCGGGGCCGACCUCUCGACCCCGCGCUUCACCACGGUCCCCUACACGGGGUGGCGGUCGCGGUACACCGCCCCCCCGGGCCGCGAGGCCCAGGCCAAGGUGGAGCCGGCUUCGCGCGACCAGCCGCCCGACCGGGACCCGGAGGUGCCGCCCUACCACGGGGCCAGCCCGCUGGAGGGCCGCCGCUUGCAACCGAACAUCCCGCCCGGGACCGGCGUCAACCCCGGGACCCCCCUGCUGGAGGUCUUCCCCCUGGCGGACACGCGCAAAGAUGCCGUUCUGCUGAAUGCCCAAACUAUACCCCCGGGCCAGGCCACCGGCACUCUGCCGCCCAAGCGCAUGUAUUACCCCCGUGCCCUGGGGCUGGAGGGGGUGCAAUUCCGCGACGGCGGCGCGGCGUCCAUCGCCCUGCGCGCGUGGGCCACCCAGCCGCUGCUGGCCAUGGUCACCCUGCAGGAGACCUUGGAGAAGAUCGAGAAGUGCGGACCAUGA